AUGGCGAAAGCUGCAAAGAAAGCAUCUCCUGCUAAGAAGGAUUCCAAGGCAAAGAAAGGAAGCAAAGCAAAGGAUCCGAAUGCCCCAAAACGUGCUAUGUCGGCGUUCUUCUUCUGGAUGGCCGACAAUCGCGAGAGAAUAAAGAAGCCGGGUAUGGGUGUUGCUGAUGUCGCCAAAGCUGCUGGUGUUGAAUGGGGCAAAGUUGCGGACAAAUCGAAGUGGGAGAAAAAAGCUGCUGAGGAUAAGAAACGCUAUGAAUCCGAAAUGGCUGCAUACAAAGCAAGCGAGUAA